AUGCCGCUCAACUCGAAAGCAGUCUAUGCGAAAGGUAACGCGGGCUAUGUCCCCUUCGCUAGUCGGAGGAGCACUGUGCACAGCAAACAUGGCAUAGUGUCCUGCACGCAGCCGUUGGCAGCUGCAGCAGGACAUCGCAUUUUGAGCCAGGGAGGAAAUGCAGCUGAUGCUGCCGUUGCUGUUGCUGCCGCAAUCAAUAUGUCCGAGCCGGGCUCGACUGGGAUUGGCGGCGACAUGUUCUGUCUCUUUUAUAAGGCCGAAACUAAAAAGGUCCAUGCCCUGAAUGGAUCAGGUCGAUACCCCGCCAAGGCCACAUUGGAGAAAGUGCGCAAGGAUUUGAACUUGGCUCCCGAUGCACCAGGCAGCAUUCCCUUCCUGAAUGCUCUCGCAGCGACAGUUCCAGGUGCCGCGGCAGGCUGGGUGGAUACGAUUGAGAAGUUUGGAAGUGGGAAACUGUCAAUGGAACAGAUUCUACGACCUGCUAUUGAGAUGGGUGAAGAUGGCUUUGUCGUUUCGGAGCUUUCGUCUCACGGUUGGCAAGAAGCCGAGAAGGAUAUUCGUGCAGCAUCGCCCAACUUCCGUGAAAUGUUGAAGAAGGAUCCAGCUGCUAAGGAUGGAGUGCGUGCCCCCCUUCCUGGCGAGAUCAUGAAGAACCCCACAUUGGCGAGAACGUUCCGUACAUUGGCAGCCGAGGGCAAGAAGGGCUUUUACCAAGGUAGAAUUGCCGAGGAAAUCGUAAAGGUUGCCCAAAGUUUGGGAAGUUAUCUAGAUCUUGAAGAUUUGGCACAACAUGCUGCGCAGGGGACACAGGAAGUGGAUGCCAUCUCACUCAAAUUCACUGGCCAGGAUAUUGCUUCUAAGCAGUCACCAGGGACAGAUGGCACUAACCAGGGUGUUGAAGUCUGGGAACACCCACCAAAUGGCCAGGGUAUUGUUGCGCUAAUGGCUCUCGGUAUCAUGGAAGAGUUAGAGCGCGUUGGCAAGAUCCCGAAGUUCAGUCAGGACCAACAUAACUCCGCAGAAUACCUGCACGCUGUGAUUGAGAGUUUGAGAAUUGCCUUCGCAGAUGCAGGAUGGUGGGUGACAGACCCCGACGUUGAGAAAGUGCCAUCGCAAGGCCUUCUCGCUCGCGAGUACCUAGCCGAACGGGCGAAUCUCUUCUCGCCAGACCGUGUAGCUGAGCUCUUGGACCACGGAAGCCCAGCCCACAAUCAUUGCGACACAGUAUACUUUGCAGUGACAGAUCGCGAAGGCAACGGUAUCUCGUUUAUCAACAGUAACUAUGCUGGGUUCGGCACAUCUAUCAUUCCCGCUGGUUGUGGUUUCACUCUGCAAAACCGUGGCGCCAAUUUCUCCUUGGAAGCUGGACAUCCGAAUGUUCUGGCCCCGAACAAGCGACCCUACCAUACCAUUAUUCCUGCCUUGAUUACCAAUGUGGAGGACGGAUCGCUGCACUCCGUUUAUGGUGUGAUGGGUGGCUUCAUGCAGCCGCAAGGCCAUGUACAGGUCCUGCUUAACAUGCUUGCAUUCGGUUACCACCCUCAAGCAGCUCUUGAUUCUCCGCGUAUUUGCGUCAAGGCUCCGACAUCGGAGGAUCGCGACCGCACGGUGUGUGUUGAGGAGGGAAUCAGCGAGGAGACCAUUGAGGGUCUGCGCCGCCUGGGUCACAAGAUUGAGGUACUCAAGGGUUGGGAACGGGCGAUGUUUGGUCGUGGGCAGAUUAUUCGUCUACACUACGAUGAUGGCCAAUUGGUAUACAGUGCAGGAAGUGACCCACGUGGCGAUGGAAUGGCCUUUCCGCUGCUUUAA